AUUAUGCAUUAUGUGACAGUUGACAGCAAACAGGAUAAAACGAGUGAAAGCAAAAGCACAUAACGCAAUUGCGAAUGUUUUUAGUGCUUAAAAUACAAUUAUUUUGCAUUAAAUUGGUACAGUACGCCGUUUGUUUUACAUUCACACGUCGCAAAACUUAAAGUGUAAUAUGGUUUACUGAUUGACGAACUAAAUUGUGUUUCGUUGAACUCUGAACAGUAUCUUGCCGACAUGGAUGCUGCCAAGUCGAAACUUUUCAUACAAACCAUUGUGGACGUCAGAGAUGAUUUUGAAGAGAAAUAUGAAAAAGCGUUUCGUGCUUACGAGGAAGUAUUAACAGGUGUUAAUGAAAAGGAGCUCCACGAGUUGCUGUCCGGAAGUGUAUGCAAGGAGAAGCAACACGAAGAAAUAUCUUUGGCGUUGAUGUACUUGAUCCUAACGGAUCCCAAUGCAGCAGCAAAAGCAUAUUCCGACUUGACGCUCCUGGCUCAUGAUGGGCUUGCAUUUGUAAUCAACAACCUCGCUAUGCUUGUGGCCGAAAAAUAUCAAAGAUUGAACGACGUUCCCCGGAAGCAGCUGUUGUGGUUUCUCAGGGAGUUGAUCAGAAAUCAAGUACUCAACGUAGAUAAUCUGGUUUGGAACAUUUUGCGACAGGCUAGUGGUGGAGAUAUAAGUCCAAAAAAUAUAGCCCUCGUGGAUGGUCUAUUGGAUAUAUUCAUUGAGCAUCGAUCAUGGCUAGAGAAGGAUCAAUUUCUCAUAGGAACUGUCAUAUAUACGUUCUUAAGGCUACUCGAAGACCACAACGGCCCUCAAUUCAAUAAUCUUUACAAUAAAGAAGUUGCCUUUGUUAUAUCACUAAUUCGAGACAGAUUUGCUGAUGUAAUUCCUUUGGGACGUGAAUUUGUACGCUUGCUACAAAAUGUAUCUCGCAUACCUGAAUUCGAAUCUCUAUGGAAAGACAUUCUCCAUAAUCCAAAGAAACUGUGCCCUACUUUUAGUGGAGUUAUGCAACUCAUGCAAACUAAAACUAGUAGACGUUUCCUGCGAUGCCGGCUCACCCCAGAUGUCGAGCGAAAGUUACACUUUUUGAUUAGCAAUGUCAAAUUUGGAAACCAAAAACGGUAUCAGGAUUGGUUCCAGGAAAAAUAUUUCACGACGCCUGAGUCACAAAGCCUGCGUUCCGAUUUAAUAAGAUUUAUUAUUGGAGCAAUUCAUCCUACUAACGACAUGUUAUGUUCAGAUAUAAUCCCACGAUGGGCAGUAAUAGGAUGGUUAUUAACUUCGUGCACUAAUGCUGUUGCGCAAGCUAAUGCCAAGUUGUCAUUAUUCUAUGAUUGGUUAUUUUUUGACCCGGUAAAAGACAACAUAAUGAAUAUUGAACCCGGAAUACUAGUUAUGUACCACUCCAUUAAAAAUCAUCCUUUGGUAAGCUGCACUUUGCUGGACUUCUUAUGUCGGAUCAUGAAACAUUUCUAUCCAAAAGGAGAAGAUCGUGUCCGUGCUGGAAUAUAUAAUUCACUUCGAAUGAUCCUUGACAAACAGGUUAUCCCAAAUUUGUUUCCUCUAUUGGAAUCUACUAAGCUAGAUCGUGAAUUAAAGUUAAUGCUACGAGAAAACUUCCGAGAAUUUUUCUCGCCUCCAGUAACAACUCCCUCAGUUUUUAGUACUACUCCAGGAUUGAAGGGACACUUAUUAGAAGAAGAUCAGCCAUUAGAAAACGAUCGCUCCGAAGAUAACUUCAAUCACGCGGAAAAUGUCACAAACUACAUUACAUCCAAUGAUGAACUAAAGUUUAGUGAUGAUGAAGAUGAAAACAAAAUAAAUAAUGUCAAGGAUGAUGUUUCUGAUGAUGAUGAUUUACCACUUUCUAAGGUAUUGGAAAUGGAGAAGCCUAUAAUACAGUCAAUACCAGAAGAAUUGCUGAGUUGUAUCGAAACUUUUGCCGACUCAAAAAGUACUGAGGAUUUUGAGUCAUUUGUUAAUGAGCGUACUGAAAUAGGGCAGCUGAACAUUGAUCAGGAUGCAUACGUCAACGAAAGAAUAGCUCAAAUUGUGCAACAAUCCCUCCCCAGGUGUUCAAUUUUCCCUGAAUCAAAAUCGGAGGAGUGUCUGUCAGAAAGUAUCAGUGGUCCAAUAUAUUGCAUAUUUAAAGUGUUGAUGCAACCAGAAGAAAAGCGGAAAAUUCACUUGACAGAUUUAUUAUUGCAUGUCCAUAAGCAAAUACCCAGCACUGGCUAUCUUCUUCUUCAUUUUCUUAAAGUAAAUGCCAAACUUCAAACACGACGAAAGGAAAACGUGACGUCAGCAUUCAAAGGAAACAUCUACAAAUAUUACUGCACAAUGAUUGAAUCACCUUUCGAGGAGCAACUGAAACGAGAUUUGGAGCUUUUGGAGCGAAAUGAUUCAAGAUUAUUUUUCUGGAUUCUUCCUGAUCUGUUUAAAGAGUAUAAGAACGUAAUGUUGAACAACAUAGAUGUGUUAACUUUGAUCAUUGGUGCGAUUGAUGCGAACAAUCUUCGUGACAUAAUAUUCAACAUCACGCAAGGCAAGCUUGUAAUGUUCACCAGCGAUGACAUAAUCGACGUUAUUCGGGAGAGUUUGGAGUAUGAGACAUUCGAGCAAUUUUGCUUUUGGCAGCUUAUUCAAGCACACGAUAUACCUCUCGAAUCUUUUCAGGAUAUCAUUCCAGAACUAGAUACAUCUAUACACGCGGAGGCAUUAACGUAUAUCCUCCUUUUAUUAAAGAGUGAAAAACCAUCAACAGAGUUGGUAAAAUGUCUUCUGAGCAGAGAAUCUAAAAGUAGAGCUGACGCAUUCGUGAUAUCCGUUCUUCGAUGCUGGUGUGAAGAAUAUGAAGGAAAACUAUCGGAAAUAAUAGCCGGUUUGCUGCAAUCCAAAUACCCAGCAAGUUCUCCCAACAAACGCAAACGUCCUUUGAAGUCAUCUCCUUUACAACAUUGCACACCGUCAUCAGAACAAAUACUUAAUCACUUAGAACACUUCCGAAGAAGUUGUCGUCAUGGCAAUGGUACUGGUACUGGCCUUUACGUUCAGAAUGAAAUGCAAAGAUCAUUGCAACAAGCGUUUGCCCAUAGCACAGAUACUCAAAAGAAACACUUUGCAGACUUAUUUGCGUUAGCUGCAGAAGAUGAGACUUCCGCAACAGUUGGACGCAGAAGUACCAGUAGCCGAGGACGCAAACCACCUGCCAAUAAGAAAGAUUCUACAACUUCCAACAGCAGUUCAAAAAAGAAUUUGGAUAAUGCAUACGCCAGUGAUGACUCCACCGAUGAAGAUUGGUCGAAGCAAAAAUCUGGCAAACGACGAAAAAAAAGCAUUUAGCGAUUCCGAUUGACACAUCUUUUCCGUGAGAUUAUUGAUAUUCUGCUCCACAUAUCGUUGCAUUCAACACCCGGCAAAUGCCUGAAACUCAACGUUCAAUGUUCAAGAUAUGCAGCAUGCCAUUAUUUCUAUUUGGAUUAUUUUUAUCAAUAAAAAACAGUCAAUACACUUUUUAAUAAA